AUGGCAUUAUCAAAUAUAAAUAAUAGUUCAACAAAUUUCAGGGUUUCAAAACCUUCUGCUAGUAUUUCAGGAAAUGGUACUACUCACAAGAUUAGAGAACAAUUGAACUUUAAAGAUGAUAAAAAAUGGAAACAAUUUUCGAGUAGAAGACUUGAAUUAAUUGAUAGAUUCGGUUUAUCAAAUAAAAAAGCAAGCGAGCAGGAUUAUAAUAUAAAACAAAUAGCUACUAUUUUAAGAACAGAAUUUAAUUAUCCAGUUUCUUCUGCCUCUGAAUUUGAAAAAUUAGUCACUGCUGCUGUUCAAUCAGUUAGAAGAAAUAGAAAACGUUCAAAGAAGAAGUUCCCUACAAACCAUCAACAAAACCCAUCUUCGUCAAAUUCAUCAACUAGUUUAGAAUCUUCAACAACUCCAUCUGAUGAUGAUCAUAGUAGUAAUAGAAUUAUGUCCCCUCUACCUACUCCCACCCCAAGCCUAACUCCCGUUUUAACCCCUAUGCAUUCAAAUAUUACUCCAGCCCUACCAAACUCAUCAAAACCUUUUCAGCUCCCUUCAAUUCAACCAAAAUCAACUACAAUGUCUACUUCAAAUUCUGUUUCUUCAAUUAUUGGAUCUCAAACUUUAGAAUCUAAUAAUAAAUUUCAACCAAAACCACUAAUUACUACCACAUCUGCUAACAGCCAAUCGUAUAAUGAUAUUAUAAAGUCAAUCAUUUUCGAUAUAGUCAACAAUACUAUUCCUCUAACGGAACAGUCUAAAAAUGAUAACUCAAAUGCUCCAAAUUUAACAGAUUUUGCUUUGUCAACACAAGAUCAUCAUUUACUAUCAUUAGGUCUGCAUAAGACUCAAUCUCAAUCUCAUCCCCAAUCACAACCUCAAUCUAAAUCUCAAUCAUUCGAAAACAGUUCUACAAAUUCCGAUAAAGAUCUACCAUUUUUCCUAAGAGAAAAAGUAUUAUUGCAUAUUCAGCGUUCAAGAACUUGUUCAGAAAUUGCUUCAUCUCAAGGUUCUAUUGAACUAUACACCAAUCUAGAACUAUUAGGUGAAAUGUCAAUAAAAUCAUCAGUUUCAUUUGUAGUCGAAAGAUUUUUUUCAAAUCUACUACCCUCAUCGAUGGAAUAUAUUACUUUGAAAACUAUGUCUUCAGAAUCAUUGUCAAUGCUAUCUGUAAAAUUAUUUAACAGCGCAACAAAUAAAGAUUUAUUAAAGUUACCUGCUGACAAUGUCCAACUAAAGGUUUUAUAUCUGUUAUUAGGUGGUAUUGUUAAGGAUUUUGGAUUUGAUCCAGUUUUAUACCCAUUAAGUGAAAUUAUUCAUCACAAUAUAAUGAAAAAUUAUCCAUUGGUUACAAAAGAAGGGUCUAAUUAUACCACAAGUGAUCAAACGGCUUCCCAAAGAACUGUAUUAUUAUCUACUACAUCUAUGAAACCACAAAUUGCAAACCAAGAUGUCAAUCGGAAAAUAAUUAUAAAAUUCCAAGAACGUCAACAAUUAUUUACUUUCCCAUUAUUAAGUAAUGGCACUCCUACUGUAUCCGAGAUUUUGGAGAACUGUAAGUCUCUUUUUAAUAUUGUUUUAGCAACUGAUCGUUUGGGAAUUUACCACAAUAACUUAUUGAUAGUAGAGGAUAAUGACUUAGUGAAGUUAUUUAACACAUUCCCUACUACAAAUGAGAUUGUUCUAGAAGUUAAGGAAAAAGAUUCACAGUCAUCUCCAAAUGUCUCGAAGCCAGUUUUAAAAGUCGAAUACGAUUCAAAUCCUGCAAUUACUUCACCAAUAGGACAAAACACUCCAUUGGAUGGUUUAAGUAUGUUAAGUGCGGUAUCAUUACAAAUUAAUAAGGAUGAUCAGAAUUCCUUGUCUACCUCAUCGACUUCGUCUGUUUCGACAACUCAAAAUGUUAAUCAAACUAGCAGCAUUUCGAAGCUUGAUAAUAUAAUUAGUAGAAUGUCAAAUUCUCCAGUUAUCAAUCCUUCGAACAAGCCGGUUGUAAAAAGCUCAUUUCAAAAUGGCUUACCUCAACCAAUUUUCCAGCCAUUAUUGUAA